AUGGAGGACUACGAUGACAUUGAGUUGGAGGAGACAGAAAAGACAUAUCCUCAAUAUGACGACCUCAAUUAUGAUGACCUAACAACAGCUUUUAGUAGGUUAGAUACAAAGGUGAGGGGAGAGGCUAUGUAUGGUGAUGACCCUAUAGUAAUAACUGAUCUUAAAAGUGAACUAGACUAUGUGAAGAAUCUUAUGGAGAGACGUGCAAUAGAAGAAACAACUUUCACCGAAGGAAAUGAUGGUACAGUGAACAUCUCCGGUCCAUCAGGAAGCACAACCGUUCAAGGAGUCGACUUCGUGGAAGAUCCAAACAAUGUACUUCCAGACGUGCUAGAUGCAUUUGAUGAAUCAUUUGACACUAAAUGGGAUGAUAUAGAGAUCCGUCUGAGUAAACUGAAAAAGUUCUCAGAAGACCGACUCACAGCAAAUAAAAAGAGAGAUUUCGAAAAUCAAGUAGAACGUGUUCAUGCCGUCGUAAGAGUUAUUAAGGGUAAGGAGGGACUGAUACUAGACCCUAAGAAUAGAUAUGUCAGGGAACUCAUAAAACGAUCAUCUGUAAGAACACUCAAUGAUGGCACAGAGGUGUUGGUAUUUAGAAGUGAACAAGGUAUUGACAAAAAUGGAACACAAAUAAUGAAAUGUGGUAAGAAGAAGACUCCAGUGUACUCCAAGAACUCCAUUGCAUUGAGAGAAUACAAGGACCUUAUAAAGAAAAUCAAGCAGACCCCUAUGGAUCCUAACGCUAGAAUUACAAGUGAAGAAUCAAUUUACGAGGAUACCAGAGAAGAGCCACAAUUUGAUACCAGUGAUGAGGAAUUCAUUGACCGAGAGAACAUUGAGUUAAUAGACAUAGGUGCAAAACUAGGAGAUCUUCCAGGGCUAACAAUGGAAGAAAACAACGAACUGAGAAGUGUUCUUAACCCACCUGAUGGAUCAAGCAUAGAAGGCAGAACAGGUCCCAAUGGAGCGCUGCAAAUUCAGGCUGACUACUUUAAUGAAGCUAUUGGUAAAACCGCAGGGCAAGCCACUGAAGCUGAGGGUACAACUGAGUACAAUGCUCUUAUAGAAAGAAUUGACAGUUUUAAGGAAGCUAGGGAUAGGACACUAGAGCAGAGAACAGUAGAGGAAGCAAGAGAGGCACAGUUGAAAGAUAUUUCUAGAUUACGUAGAUUUAUAGACUGGGUAGGAAAGGAAAAGGUGGGACUUGUGGGGAUAGCAGUGUCAACAUCUAGUUUAAUUACAGCCUUAUUAAUCCAUGCUAGGGGAGCCAUUGUGAAGACAGCAAAGGCCACUGGUAAAGUAGCAAAAGCAUUAGCAAAUUUAGCAAAGAAAGCAGGGCCAAUCCUAGUUCCAAUUCUGAACGCAGUUGCAACGGCGCUAUCAUGGGGUGCCAAAGGAGUUGCAUGGUUAGCGUCACACUUAUGGGUAUUAGCCAUAGCUGCAGCCUUAAUGGUAUACAACUAUUACACAAAGUAA